AUGAUUAGUAAAUUUACAAAAACUCCUAUACAAGUGGAAGCUUUAUUUGGUGAAGUUAGUGGAGAAAUAAGUCCUUUUUGGCCUGCCAGUUUUGACAUCAAUUUAUAUGGUAUGAAAUGGCAAGAUGGAAUUUAUUUCAUUGGGUUGAUUGAUCAGGCCAUUUUACUUUUAACAGAAGAUGAUUCUGGUAUGAUUGAAGGUAUAUAUUGUAUGCUCAAAGGAACUUGA